GGGGAAUUAGGUUCUAUAGCUACGAAAUAAACCAUAAUUAAAUAUCUAACCAAAAAAAAAAACACCUCUUUUAUUUUUGUAUUAUAUAUUAUAUUACCCUUACUAUUCCGGUUAAUGAAAGAGAAACUACUUCUUCUUUUUCUUCUUCUUCGAUUAUCAACUACCACACUCUUCUUCCAUCUCCAUCACUUUCUUCCGUCAUCACUAACUCUAUAGUCACCACAAGCAUCUCCAAAUCUAUAAUAUCUGCUACAUCAAUCAUAUAAGCUUCUGAAUUUUACAGAUCACGAUAUGGUUGAUGCGUCAUCAUUUAUCAUAUAAAUUUCAGGUUGUACUAUAUACUAUUUAAACAAUAUAUACUAUAUUAUUUUAUUUGUUACUAUUCUAUUUAAAUAAUGUUUCAUAUUAUAUAAUGCGUCUAUAUUUUGAUAUUUGGGGUAGGGUUUAUAUUUUUUUUUAGGAUUUAGUGAUUUGUGUUUUGAGUUUAGUUUAUAGAAGAUCUGAGUUGACUUUGGGAUGAUCAUUUUCCCUGCAAUCAUAUAUAUAUGUCAAAAUUUGAACAUUAAUAAUAAUAUAUACUAUGUUAUUUCGUUUGUUACUAUUCUAUUUUGAUAAUGCUUCAUAUUAUAUACCAUGCGAAAAUUUGAUAUUUGGUGUAGGGUUUAUAUUUCUUUUUAGGGUUUAGUGAUUAGGGUCUUGGGUUUAUUUUUUGUAGGGUUUAGUGAUUAGUGUUUUGGAUUUAGUUUAUGGAAGAUUUGGGUUAACUUUAGGGUAAUCAUUACCUUCUUUCCUAUUUGGCUUGUUACUACUCUAUUUUGAUAAUGAUUCAUAUUAUGUAUUAUGUGCAGAUUUGAUAUUUGUGUUAAGGUUUAUAUUUCUUUUUGGGGUUUAAUGAUUAGUGUUUUGGGUUUAUAUUUCCUUUUAAAGUUUAGUGAUUAGUAUUACUAUUUCAUUUGUUACUAUAUAAUAUGUUAUUUCAUUUGUUACUAUUCUAUUUAGACAAUAUUUCAUAUUAUGCACUAUGUACAGAUUUAAAAUUUAGAUUAAAGUGUAUAUUUCUUUUUAAGAUUUAGUGAUUAGUGUUUUGGAUUUAGUUUUUGAAAAAUUUGGGUAGAUGUUUUGGUAAACAUUACCUCCACUAUUAUUAAACUAUUUAUAAUUUCAUUAAUAUGAACUAUACUAUUUAGAAUGUUUUAUUCUAUUUACUCUUUAUCUUCUUCUCUUCUAUAAUAUUAUCUUUUUCUCCAAUCAUUGCAGUCAUAACAUAAUCAGCACUACUGCUUGUUUUGGAUUUGACGAGCUCUGUUUCAUCCUUAAUGCUUCUAUUGUAGCCACCAUAUUUGUAAUCAUCACCACCGCCAGCGGCGCGAUAACCACUAUUGCCGCAAUAAUCAUCAACGUCGUUUCAUUCUAAGAUAAAUUAGGAUAACUGGAGGAAGAAAUAAUUUUACUGGCAACUGGUUCAAAAAAAGAAAAAAACGGGAAAAAUAUUGUCUAAAUGCUAUGAGAUCUAAUAACGUCAAAAUCAACGCCAUAUUCUUAAUUUGUUACCGAAAUAUGGCUAGUGGGCAAAUAAACCCUUUAAAAAACUUUAUAAAAAAGAGGCUCCGACUUCAUCCUAUCUUUCCUGAGACGGGAUGAGAUUAAUAUUCACUUUCAGAGUCAACUAGAUACCUUACUUAAAACACCUAUACAGAUCCCAAACAUAAUUACUCUUUUCUAUGCAAUUCACCUCUGUCUUAGGCGCAUCGCCUCUGUGGCUCCGUCUUAGGCACUUUGCCUUUGUUCUAGGCACAUUGCCUCUGUCAUAGGCAUAUCUUGCCUCUGUCCUAGACACAUCGCUUCUCAACUAAGACACGGUCGUCGCCUUCAAAUGCAUCUUAGCACAUGCCUCCCAUAUAGGCAUAUGUGUCAUUUGUAGUGAAUUACGAUUGGUCUGAUAUAUUCGAAGGUAUGUAAACAACCUUUAACCGGAUUCAACUAUAAAUCAAAAAAAUUCUUUCAUCCGCCUAAUUUCAAACUCAGUAUAAAGACUUUUCUUACACACACCUUCGAAACGGCGCCCAGUAUGUGCCAAAUUCAUACUGACACAAAUAUUAACAAUUGUAGUUUAUACGACAGUUAUACUAGAUGUUUAAAUUGCACAACCACAAACACAACGUAUUUAUGGAUUCACCACUUUUUUUACAAAUUUGGCUAAACAUAGGUUAUAUAGAAAUAUGCAGAUAUAUUAAUCAGGAACAACAAACUAUAAGAAUAAAAGGCUCAAAAUCACAAACUUCUUAGAAUUUCGUAUUUUUGUUUCAUUAAGACACACAGUUUACACGUUUCCAAUAUCAAAUGCUAUUGGUCCAGUGAAUGGCUGAUAACUUACCAUAUCAGCCGUUAAUCUCUCCUUCUGCAAUAUAAUUGAAAAGCAUUCAUAAUUUCUAUGUUGACCAAGUCUCUAUUCCUGACUUAAUUUUUUAGGCAGUGAUAUUCUAAUAUACGUAUGCAAGAUCGUUAAUUCAUAUACUUAGAACAUUCAAAUACUCAAGGGAGCAUAAUAGUAUAAUUCAGUGAAAACGAUUGUUUCAAACGUUCAAAAAACUAAUUAUCAAUAUAUGACAUAAUAAAUUAAUACAAUAAACAAAAUCAACGCAAAGAAGACCGGUUCCACCGGUAACCUAACACCCUUUUUUCUUAAUCUCAUCAACACGCUGUAUUUAUUAUACAUUCAAUUCAGACACUAGAGAUUUAUUCGCCUCUAAAUCGAGUUCUUGACUUUUGACCCGUUAUAACCAAAAACAAAAAGUAGAAGUGUUAUUACUUCUGAUCUUCUUUCCCGGCGAAGAGAUGGAUCGGUCUACGCCGGAACAUAACUCCUCCACUUCCCACAAGCGUCUAAGCGUGAGCUACCUAGUCUCUCUAAUGGUUCUCUGCGCAAGACACGCCAACCGCCUCUCCAAGAAGCUAAAGCCGAAGAAGCGAACCCACAACGAAACUUCCCGUGGCAGAUGGAAUACGAUGAGAUCUCCAAGGCCAAAAGAGUUUCUUAUGACUUUGAGCCACAAGGCGAUGACGAUGGUCGGCCGAAAAAACACAUGUUACAGCGGAGGAUAUAAGCCGGAGAAGAAGAGAGCGGGGGCGAUGGAGGAGGAGGAAGAGCAUGGGCUCUGGCAGAGGGAGAUCUUGAUGGGCGGUAAAUGUGAGCCGUUGGAUUUUUCCGGAGUUAUUUAUUACGACUGUAACGGACGGCAGUUAAGAGAUGCGCCUCCGAGGUCUCCACGUCGCACUCCGUUACCCAUCCGUUCUUAAGACGGGUCGCCGUUAAACCUGAUUGGAACCAAGGAUUCCGAAGCAGCAACCAAACUAUGUACUAUAUGUUUGUGAUGCCUUUUUAUUCUAAGUUUUUUGUUAAAACCUUCAAAUUUGGUUAGGCCAUUGAAAGUUUCAGUGUCCAAAGUCCGUACCAUCUUGUGCCAUGAAUACUCUUGGUAUAAAAGUAGCAACUGUUAUCUGAUGAACUAUGGUGAUACUUGAUAGCCAAUCGAUUCAAUUUAGUUUGAAGCAAAAUAAGAUAAA